CUGUUUUCUACUUGUAAAAACUCUGUUGGAAAAAUCUUUUUGAAUGGAGCAUAGUAAACACUACGCUGUUGGUUUUUCCUUUCUGUGCCCAAAAGUAUGUUUUAAUAUGGCAUCAUGGGUGCCCCUGGAUUCGCAAAGAUAAUAUUUUUUUCCUGGAGUGCCUCAGGUGUAUAUUGCUGUAAAGUACAGUUAGUUAAUGGUGACCCAUUCUAUGCCGUUAUAUAAUUAUUUUGAAGAAUCAUUAAACUGACAUGAAAGAGGAUACAGAGCCGUUUUAUUUGUUGUAAGUAGAAUUUAAUAAGUUACUGUGUGGUCUGAUUGAUCAGAGUUUUAAAUAUUUUAACCCAAAUGAUAUAUUUGUGAAAAUUAAAAAAAAAAAAAAAAUAAUUGACUAUUUUGGUCAUUUCAGAAUGAGGUGUUUUUACUUACAUUUUUUUUUGUCCACACACUAUCAUGUGGUUGUAUAUUUGCAAUGGAGAUACACGUAAUCAUACAUAGAAAAACCUUUAAAACUGUAGGCGUAGUAGGUAGUGAUGUCACUUCCAAACAAUUCUCUUCCCCCCCUCCCCCCUUUUCUUUUUCCACCAAUAAAACUGAUGUUACUAAUGUAAUGUUCUCAUUUGUACAACCUAUUGCCUGUUUUUAAAUAAAGCAACAAUGAAGUGGGUGGUUUGCAAAUAUUAGGCUAAUUACUGAAGUUGAAACUUUUUUUUUCACCUAAAAUUUAAGAUUAUAUUAGCUUUAGUGUACUAAUAAUCUUAAUUUUAGUAAUGACAGGAGGCGAAUAUUUGCAUGACUUUCUUUACUGAAAACUCCAGCAGCAUAGAAACAAUACCAAUCAGAAAAGGUUAUGAUGCCCAUAAAAGGCCUUGUCUAUGACAUCACUUCCUCUUUCUUUGAAGCAAAAACAACCAUAAAUAACGUAAUCAUAUUAAAAUCCAACAGAUCAAUAACACAAAGUUUCAAUCCCCAGUAGAUCCGUGAUGUAGGGGUAUGGAAGAUG